AUGAACCAAAGCACAGAAAGAAAGAGUUCCAUAAAUGGUAGAAUGGAUACUCUGCACGUAGGUCACGGUCACAGCAAGGGUUCCAGCAGAAGUCAGUCACCGUCGACGGCGGAUUUGGCGAGGGACCCGGCUGUCGUGACUGACGAUGCUGUCAUCAGAUCUAGGGUGCAGUCACCAUCGACGGUACACCAUGUUGUUAGCGAGCCGUCAUCAUCAACGUCAUCACGUCACGGGGAUCGAGCACACCAUGUCAAAUCCCACUCGAGGGACCUGGGCAACAGUCCGCUCUCGGCUAAUACCACAGUCAAUAGUUCCAGAGACCUGGAAGAUUCGCCCCAGAAGAAAAUCCUACCAGGCUUAAUAACAGCAGGGGAUUAUUCAAGCACAGUGUACAGUCCUAACGUGUCGUAUGGGUUGUCCUCGGACGAGUACGGUUCACCCGCGUAUAGAAGUCAAGAUGGGCCAGGGGACUAUUCUAUUCAAGAUGAAGGCGACGGGACGAACGUAACGUCAUCUAAAGCAGCCGCAGCGAUCGUACAUCUCAACAACAAGAUAGAGCGCACCAAAGAACUAAUACGUCUGGAGCAAACAAUACGGGACGAUAACGUUAACGAAUACCUAAAGUUAGCGGCUAACGCUGAUAAACAACAGCUGCAGCGCAUCAAAGCAGUCUUUGAGAAGAAAAACCAAAAGAGUGCUUUAUGCAUCGCGCAACUACAGAAGAAAUUAGAAGGGUACAAUAAGAGGAUCAAGAACUGGGAGGUAUGCAGGCAACAUGGCACGAGCGGGCAGGCGCAUAGACAACCGCGUGAAGUGCUACGAGACAUGGGACAGGGACUCAAGAACGUGGGCGGUAACAUCCGCGACGGCAUCACGGGGCUGGGCGGCAGCGUCAUGGCGGCGCCGCGCGAGUUCGCGCACCUCUUCACGCGCUCCAACCGCUUCGGCUCCGCGGACAACAUCGCGCAGCUCGCCGAAAACUCGGGUCCUUCGAACGCGUCGUCGGAAGGCUCCCGUGCGUCGGAGGCCGGCGAGGCGGGCGCCCCGCGCGGCUCGACGCUGCCGCGCGCCGCCACCUCGCCCGCGCCCAAGUACAGCCCCGAGGCCUCGCCCAGCUCCUCCGUCACCAGCGAGGGAGCUCCGUACCCUCCACAAACAGGUUCAAACAACAUCACGGAGGCAACGUUCACAAUAAAACCGAUACUGAACGAACUGCGCGAGCGCAGGGAAGACUAUGAGCGGUUAUCGGAAAAAAUUGAUUCGUUAAAGAACUUGUCACAAGAAGUGUCGUUCCUAUCGGCUGCGCUACAGGAGGAACGGUUCAAGACUGAGCGGCUGGAAGAGCAAAUCAAUGAUCUCACAGAACUGCACCAGAACGAGGUGGAGAAUUUGAAGCAGGCAUUAACAGACGUGGAGGAGAAGGUCCAAUACCAGAGUGAGGAACGAAUACGAGAUAUACACGAAGCACUCGAUCUCUGCCAGACAAAGAUAAGCAAGCUAGAGCAAUGGAUGGCGGGGUCGGGCGGCGGCGGCGGCGUGGGGGGCGGCGGGGGCGAGUCGGGGGGCGCGGGCGCGCUGCCGCCGCGCCUGCUGCUCGUCAAGCUGCUCAACGUCGCGCUCACGCUGCUGCAGCUCGCGCUGCUGCUCGUCGCCACCGUCGCGGGGGUCGCCAUGCCCUUCCUCAGGACUAGGGUACGUGUCAUCACUACAAGCUUAGCAGUGAUGGUCGGCGUGAUGGUGCUGAAGCAAUGGCCGGAAGUGACGCAACUGUCGGAGGCGCUGGUGCGACGGCUCAAGGAGUACCUCCUCGACAAACAUCACGACAGGUAUGAAUGCAAGUCGUUAUGUGGUUGA